AUGUCGCCUAUUGCCAGCGCAAAUCACUCGAACGAGGAGACCACAACGGGCGCACCGGCGGCGCCUUAUGUUAGCACAAUGCCCCCCUCUGAUUUCAAUUGGCAGAUUACUCUAUCCGGUAAAGUCGUCGCGAUAACCGGCGGCAACCGAGGCAUCGGCCUUGGAAUUGCGGAAGUGUGCCUUGCGAACGCAGCCCAACACGUCUAUUCGCUUGAUCUCAUGGAGCCGGGAGAGGAGGCACUGGCUCUGCAAAAGCGGUACCCCAAUUUCCACAGUCUACAGGCGGAUGUCACAUCAGAAGAGAGUGUCGAGAAGGCAAUCACUCAGAUUGUCGAGGAGACGGGGAGAAUCGAUGGGCUGUUCGAGCAGCCUGAGCUGGAGCAGCUGUUCAAUUUGAACGUGUUUGGAUCCUAUUUCUGUGCCCAGAUCGUCGCUCGCAAAUUCAUCGAGCUAGGAAUUAAAGGGUCGAUUGUCAUGACGGCAGCCACGGCUGACCAGGCUGCAUCUGCUGUUUAUAUCUGUGUGAACAGUAUCUGUGUGAACAGUAUCUCGCCUGGAUUUGUGCGCACUGCCAUGACCUAUUAUGUCGAGCAAUCGCCCGACUGGGGUCAGAAGAUGGAGAACUACGGGGGCAUGCCGCGCCUGGCCGAUCCCCACGAGUUGGGCGGUGCCUAUGUGUACCUGCUGAGUGAUUGCAGUUCAUAUAGUACCACGGGAAUUGAUAUUCCGAUUGCUGGAGUGGUGGGUGCGUGGUAAUGGG